UGCUCAAUUAUUGUUUGAAACUCUUCCAAAAAUUCUUCCAAAAUCUUUCAAAGUUGACAAACAUAAAUAAUGAUAAUCCCCAUACUAGCUAUUAGCUAACAUAAAUCAACAUAACGCAUAAUAUCAUAGUUUAAUACUAUUUUAUUUGCAUCAUUAAACUAAAACUCCUUUUUCCUAUUUUACUAUAAAAAGGCAGAAAAAGCAACACAAAGAUCCACUCAGAAAUAUGGCCUCCAUGUUAGACUGUUUGUAACUGAAGCCUCAUCUUUCUUUCCCUUAGUUCACGCAAAAACACGCAAAUAUUCCCACUAGAAAAGUUCAAUUUUAAAGUUGCAUAUUUCAAACCAAUUAAUAAUAAUGUUACCUAUGAUAUUCCUUUACAUAUUCUUAUUUUUCUCAAAAAUAUUAUAUGGAAGAUGUAGUUCAACACCUCUUGUUCCUGCUCUUUAUGUAUUUGGAGAUUCAUUAUUUGAUAGUGGCAAUAAUAAUUUCUUGCCUACAUUGGCUAAGGCCAAUUACUAUCCUUAUGGUGUCAAUUUUCCUGGAAGUUAUCCCACAGGAAGAUUCACUAAUGGCAAAACUGUUGCUGAUUUUAUAGCUGAAUAUCUUGGACUGCCAUUUCCUCCACCACGUGUAAGCAUAUUGAGGCCAAAAUCUCUUAUGGGAUAUAAUUUUGCCUCUGGAUCUUGCGGAAUUCUGCCUGAAACUGGGAAGUUUAUUGGUGAGUGCUUGAGUUUGGGUGAACAAAUAAAAUUGUUCGAAACCACAGUGAAAAUACAGUUGGCCUCAAAAUUCAAAACAGGAGAUCAGCUUUCUCAACACCUGGCCAAGUCCAUUUUCAUUUUCUCAGUGGGAAAUAACGAUUACAUCAACACCUAUUUUGGUAUCAUUCAAACAAGACAACAUUACGAUCCUCCACAAUUUGCACAGCUCCUCAUUGAUGCAUUAACAAAAAAAUUAGAGAAGCUAUAUAAUUUAGGAGCGAGGAAGAUGGUGGUGUUCGAGCUUGGUCCUAUUGGUUGCAUUCCAUCAAUUGUUAGGGGUUCUAAGCCCAGGGUAAUAUGCGAUGAAGAGAAAAAUCAAAUCGUAUCGUUGUUCAACACUCGGCUUGCAAUAAUGCUCAAGAAUUUAACUUCCACUCUCCAAGACUCGUAUUUUAUCAUUGGCAAUGCUCAUUGGCUUGGCUAUGAUGCUAUCAUAAAUCCUACUAAAUAUGGUUUAAAAGACAGUAGUAAUCCAUGUUGCGAAGCAUGGGGAAACGGUACAUUCUCAUGCAUACCGAAGCUAACAUCAUGCCCAUAUCCUGACGAACACUACUUUUGGGAUGGCUAUCAUCUCACUCAAGCAACUUGCUCUGUCGUUGCAUCUCGUUGUAUCAAUGGCUCGGAUGUUUGCCUUCCUAUGAAUAUCCACCAGCUUGUUCAAGUUUAAAUUAUCAUAACCAUUAUUUGCUUAGUUAUAAAUACAUCAUAUAUAGGUCCACAUAUAUAAUCAUUUGCUUAAUAUUUGAUUAUGAUAAUUCUUUUCAAGAAUUCUUUAUGAAGGAAUAAAGCUUGUGAUUCCUUAUUUUAAAUA